GCCUGGUCUUUAAUGUCUGGUUUCUGUUUUCCCCCUGCUCAGUUGGCAAGAUGGCGUCGGAACCGAACAAGACAGAAAUUCUAACCAUUUUUAAACGUUUGCGCUCUAUACCUACAAACAAGGCCUGCUUUGACUGCUCCGCUAAGAACCCGAGCUGGGCCAGUAUUCCAUAUGGAGUAUUUCUGUGCAUUGACUGUUCUGGGAUCCAUCGCUCUUUGGGAGUACACUUGAGCUUUAUCAGAUCCACAGAGCUGGAUAACAACUGGAGCUGGUUUCAGCUGAGAUGUAUGCAGGUUGGAGGAAAUGCUAAUGCGAUGGGGUUUUUCCGCCAACAUGGCUGUACCACCAAUGACACCAAUGCGAAGUAUAACAGUCGUGCGGCUCAGAUGUACAGAGAGAAGAUUCGACAGCUUGCCAACGCUGCGCUCUCCAAGUAUGGCACUGAGCUGUGGAUCGACAGCUCCGGCUGUGCUCAGCCAUCACCUGUAGAGAAGAGAGAGACUGACUUCUUUGAAGAGCUCACACAGCCUGCCAACAGUUGGGACAUGGCGUCCCCAUCCCUAACAGAUCUGAAUGGAGCUGUAACUGUUAGCCCUCAACUGGAGCAGAGCAGUCUUAAGAGUUCAGAGACUACCAGCACUUUGCCUGAAGAGGGUCCGAGCAUUGAAGGACUGAGCACCAGUCCUAAAGCCACAAUAGAGAUUGAGAACUCAAUGAGAUUGGCGUCUGAAGAGUGUCAAACUCCUGAAGAAAUUAAAUCCUCCAUCAUUGGAAAGAAGAAGCCAGCCACUACAAAGAAAGGGCUUGGCGUUAAAAAGGGUCUCGGUGCCCAGAAGGUGAGCAGCAAGAGCUUCACUGAGGUGGAGAAGCAAGCCCAGGUGGCGGAGAAAAUGAGAGAGGAACAGGUCGCUGAAGCCAAGAAACAAGCUGAAGAGUCCAUGGUGGCCUCGAUGCGACUGGCCUACAAAGAGCUGGAGAUUGACAGGAAGAUAGAGGAGAAGAAAAUGCAGAACCUAGAAGGGAAGAAGAAGCAACAGGCGGAGAGACUGGGCAUGGGAUUCGGGAACAGGAGUGCCGUGUCUCAUUCCGUGAUGUCUGAGAUGCAAGUGAUCGAGCAGGAGACCCCGGUGGGAGUCAAAUCCUCCUCUCGCUCCAAGCUGGACAUGUUUGAUGAGCCUGGCUUUGCCUCGGGACCACCAAAGUACAAGGACAACCCGUUCACAUCAGGAGACAGCUUUGGGUCACGGUGGGACAAUGAUGGAGGAUCAUCGUUCUCCUCCUGGGCUCUGGAGAAGGAUGAACCUAAAGACAGUGAGGUCACCAUCUCAAGCAUCCAGCCAAUCGGAGAAAGGUUGCCCAGCCGACGGAAGCCUGAGGUGUCUGUGCCAGCCGCGGAGUCUAGCGAAGCACGAGAGAAGUUCGCCAAUGCUAAAGCCAUCUCAUCGGACAUGUUCUUCGGCCGCGAGAGCAACCCAGAGUAUGAAGCAAAGACUCGUCUCGAGGGCAUGUCUGGAAGUACCUCCAUCAGCUCUGCCGACCUGUUUGGUGACGGCAGUGUGCGUUCCUCUGGCUCAUCAGGAUUCGAUAACGUGCUUCCCUCUGGUCCAGACAUCGCCCAGUUCAAGCAAGGUGUGAAGACAGUGGCAGGCAAGAUGGCAGUGCUGGCUAAUGGGGUUAUGAACACCAUUCAGGAUCGCUACGGAUCUUACUGAAAGGACUGCAUUCGACUGAAAUGGAAGUUGCAUCAAACAGGACACGCCUCACUGCUGAUUGGAUCUGGUCUGUCUUUCCUACAUGAACACACACAUCAGAGAGAGAGAGAAGGGAGCGAGAGAGCAACACGAAGACCUGGGAACUCCCUCUCUCUCUCCCCCAGACCACUGUAGACUCUUGCUGACAGUAUUUUUUUUUUUUUUUUUUUUUUAAGACUCUUGUUUUAUUUUCAGAUAACAACAGAAGCGCUUGACAGAGUGUAAAGUCUGUUUUCAGAGUCACAGUGCUUUCUGUUUGAAAUAACAGUCCUGUUUUCUAUGCCAUGUACUGGUCUUUGAUUUCAAAUAGUUAUGGAUUUGAAAGUGUUCUGUCUGUAAUUAAAUGUAUAACUGAACUUCUAGUGCUAAUAUGUUCUAAUGGCUUUCUUUUUUGUAUUUUAACGCUCUCCAGAGACCUCAGUGCAUUCAGUAAACAAGGAAAGGGAACCCCAUAUGGUAUAUUUAUAAAUUGAGCCCAUUUCCUAAACACAAUCUUUAAAAUUGAUGCAUUAUCAUAAUUUUACAUUGUUCGUAAUUAUGAGAAAGUUUGAGUGAUUUAAGUGAUGAAAUAACAGUAACAUUGUGCAAUAUGUCCUCGCAUGUCAAGGACGAGUUCUUGAGCUUUUUUGUGGAUGUGUGAGUGAUACCUGGGAGUUUGAGUUUCAGGACAGAUUAUUUGAAUCUGAAUCACGUUUGUUUUGCAUGCCAGCAUAAGCCGUAGACACUGGUGCUGUACAGUGAGUCAGAUUUCCAGCAUUCACUCGUCGUAUUUACAGAUAAACUGCUCAAGAAACCAAGCUGACUGAGGAGGUUUACAGUGAUGUGAUCUAAUCGACACAAUUUAAUACGACUCUCAGUUUAGAUGAUAAAACAGCAGCUGACAAAAUAGAUUUUUUAUUUAAAAUUCACCCACUGAUGUGAUGUCGUCUGUUUUCUAGUACAUGCAUUACAGCCUUUCUUUCCUCUUCUUUUGGGUUUAUGUCAGACUGGGAACUGGUGGAUGGUAUUUGUCUGCUAAAUUAAAAAAAUAAAGAACAACAAUCCAACGACCGCCUGGAAUUAAAGCUUUUUAUUGUGGCCUGUUGAGAAUUAUGUGAAUAAAGAAUGAAAUCCCC